AUGGGUGUCACUGUCGAGCCUCUCUCUCCUGGCGACGGCCUCCACUUCCCUUCCACGGGUGACAAGGUCACCAUCCACUAUGUCGGCAGGCUCGAGAACGGCACUACGUUCGACUCAAGCAGGGAUCGCGGCUCUCCCUUCGACACGCUGAUUGGUGUGGGCAAGGUCAUCAGGGGCUGGGACGAGGGUGUACCAUUACUGUCCCUGGGCGAGAAGGCGAUCAUCACGGUGACGCCAGACUUCGCGUAUGGCUCGCGGGGAUUCCCACCGGUGAUCCCACCCAAUUCUACCCUCAAGUUCGAGGUCGAGCUGCUGAAGAUCAACGAUAGGGCUUAA